AGACAUUCACAGAAUUAGGUCAACUGAAGAGACACAUGCUCAUUCACAGUGGUGAACGCCCCCACAAAUGCAAUGUUUGCAAGAAACAAUUCCAACUAGUAGGUCAUCUGAAACAACACAUGUUGAUACACAGUGAUGUACGCCCAUAUGAAUGUAAUAUAUGCAAUAACACAUUCACACAAUUAAAUAAUCUGAAACGUCACAUGCUCGUUCACAGUGGUGAGCGUCCCCAUGAAUGCAACAUAUGCAAUAAGAAAUUCACAAACUCAAGCAAUCUGAAAAGUCACAUGCUCAUUCACAGUGGUGAGCGCCCCUAUGAAUGCAGCAUAUGCAAUAAGACAUAUAUCGGAAAAGGUAGUCUGAAAAAACACAUGAUGGUUCAUGACCGCAAGGCUCCUUAUAAAUGUGAUAUAUGCAAUAAGGGAUUUGCUCAAUCGAAUGAUUUGAAGAGUCACAUGGCAGUUCAUAGUGAUGAAAAUUAA